GUUCGCUGGCGCGCGACAUACGGCCCUUCCUCUUAUUUCCUCCCGUUUCCUCCUUGCCCCAUCGCAUCAUGUUGGAUUCACGCCGUCGCGAACGGUCCAGCAGCCGCGCGAUCACGCGAGAUCUCAUUUAGACGCGACUCGCCCGGAACGGUCCCCGUUCCCCCGUUGCGAGUCGCGCGGAGAAUCUUUCGGGGGGGGUCCGAAGCGUCUGGUCGCGGCGAAUACUGUGCCAGUCGCGUGUCCGAGAGCGAUUCGCGGAGGAGAUUCUUAUCGACAGCGUUAUCGUGACGGGCCGUUCCACGUGAAAGGUGCACCCGAUGGUUCUUUCCCCCGCCGCGGAUUCCACUUCCGAAGACCAGACACUCCCUCUUCCUAUCCGAACAGCAGCGCGAGCGUAUGUUGCACGAUGAAUGUCAAUUAAUUGCGCUAUUAAUGAGGCAACGAGCUCGAGCAUCGAGACUAGGAAACGAUGGCCUCUGUCAUGAGUUCCGAAGACACAACUGACAAUGCGACGGCAGCAAAUUCCUCUGGCGUAAUUGUAAAACCGGAGAAUUGGGUCCAAUUUGAGGAAGAGACGGAUCCGAAGGAAGCUACCGAAAGAAAAGCCAAUAGUAGCACACCUGCUGUAAUAAAACCUGAAUCAGUUACUGUACAAGUCGAUAAAAUUAGUAAAAGUAUCGACCCGGCUGAUGUUAACGAUAAGAAAACCAAUGAGUAUAGAGGUGCUGUGAUAGCAACUGAAUCCGUCCAAAUUAAUCUAGAUAGAUCAGGUUUAAGUCGUUCCAUCACCUCCGAUACGCCGGAUCUUAAAUUACCGUCUGAUGUUCGAACGACGUCAGAAACCAAGAGUGCUUCUUUAAAAACCAUCGAUCUGAGAGACGUGUCAAAUGGCAGAAAUACAUCGAGCAAUGUUAUUAGCACGUCGAUUGGAAACAUCCGGCAAGGCUUUGCCAAUGGUGAUACUAUUGUUACUCUUCUACCAGUAAAUACUAAAUGGCCAUGGAUUACUCCAGCCAGAUUUAGACCAGAAUUGGUGCCGGAGGAAUUGAUGGCACAAGGAUUAACGCUUACAGUGGAAGAUUACGUUCAUAUAAUGGAAUUACUUGUGAACGAUGUACGCUUCAAUAUGUAUAAUAUAUGUUACAAGAGGAUUCUCGUUCUUUGGAUAUUCACCGCCUUCAUUGUACUGCUUGGUUUAUUGUUCUCUGGCGUGACUGGUCUUACAUUAUUUGGACUCGGUGUUAUGUGGUUAAUCCUGAACGCGGCCGCGAUAUUCUUCUGCAUGUUUAUCAAGAUAAAGCUCAAUCACAAUCUCGAGAAAUGUAUGGCUCAAGUUAACAAACAUUUAUUAAGGCAUAAAAUAUUAUUGGGAUUAGACGACAGAGGAAAAAUCUCCUGCCACAAAGUCAAUUUGUGUUUCAUAUAUUUUGAUACCACGGAUUGUGUUAAAAAACUGCAGGAAAUAAUAGAACGGGAAGAACGUGAAGGUAGAAUAAUCGGUGGCGAUGAUGCAAACGAAUUAAGCCGACAACGUGAAUUACAACAACGUAUGGACAUCGACGAUAGUGACAUUGUUAUACAAGGCAGCACCACUACAAGAAUUUCUCGUAAACAGGGUAAAAACGAACAAGUAUUCUGCCGUUAUGUGCAACGUUGGGCGAAGGAUUACUUACGUCGACGUUUGGAUUGGACAGUUGACGAGGAGGGUGGAAAUCCUUCUUCGCCACGUCACUUAGCGUCCGCUCUGUGUCCUUGUCAAUAUAUAGAAGAAUGGUUGCGUAAUAAGCCACGCGUUCAGGGCAGAGAUUUUUGUCCUAGAUGGAGUAGCUUUCUGAGAGACAGAGGCAUUUAAGAGACAUUUGUUUCAUACUACUUACAAAAAAAUACAUACGAUUUCACAUAUUAUUCAUGCACAAAAAAUAGUCGAGGUUUUACAGAUUGAAUUCUCUUGAAUGCGCAUUACUAUACGUAUAAAUAGCUUCCAAAGAAAAACUGCUAUUUACUAUUAUCAACUCG